AUGUUUAUAAUUAAUAAGUUCAAAUCCGUUGGAACUACUUUAUAUAAUCAUAAAAAGAAGACUAUUUUUGGUGCUUGUUUAUUAUAUUUAGGUGGUAAUUAUUGUAAUGGAUUAAUAAAAGAUAUAAAGAUUCGAAAUUAUUAUGCCAAAGAAGCUGUAAAAUAUGGUGAUGUUCCAUGUAAUGGAACAAAACCUAGACGAUUAACAGUUCUUGUAAAUAAAAUGGCUAAUGAAAGGAAAGUUUAUGAUAAAUUUAAAACAAAUGUUUUACCUUUAUUUAAUUUGGCUGGUCUUCAAGUAACAAUAAUUCACACUAAAGAUGGUAAUGAAAUGGAAGCUGUUGCAUCAGCUUUAGAUCAUGAGGAAGCUGAUUGUAUUUAUGUGGUUGGAGGUGAUGGUACACUAGCAAGAGUAUUAACAGGAAUUUAUAAAAAUAAAGAUGGUCCUGUUUUUCCAAUUGGACAUUUUCCUGGUGGUAAUGAUAAUAAAGGUCUUUUAUCAUUGAGGAGAAAUGUUUUCAAAUCUUAUGAUGAUGUUAGAUUGUAUUGUGAAAGUGGGAUGGCUGUUAUUGAAGAGACACUUGUUCCAGUGUUUCCGGUAAAAUGUGAAAUUUCAAUUCCUGUUAAAAGUGAAGAUAAUGAAAUUAAUAAUGAAAAGUUUGAAUUGAAGACGUUAUAUUCAUUAUCUGGUGUUAAUGCUGGAUGGUUUCCUAUGGUUGAAGAACAUAAGCAUAAAUUAUGGUAUUGGUUUGGAAUUAAACGAUAUUUUACCUAUUUUUGGGAUGGAUUAAAACGUUUUCCUGGAGAAAUAGGAGUCAAUGUUGUCUACACAAAGUCUUGUCCGGGUUGUAAGAAAUGUUUACAAGAUAUUCCAUUAGCUGAAAUUGAAAAGAAACAAAUUGAUAAAGAAAAAAGUAAUGCCACUAUUAGUUGGUGGAGAAAUAUUCUUGGUAGUACUAAAAAAUUAGGAGAUCAAAAUCAGAGUGUUAUUAGAAAUAUUCCAACAGAACCAUUGACUAUUAAUGAAGAAUGCGGCGUUCUAUGUAAUGAAUGUAUCAUUUCAAAUGGAAUAGAUUUAAUUAUCGAAAAUGAAAUUGGUUCAAAAGGUAAUUGGCUUAAAUUUUUAAUUGGUGGUGAAGGAUAUAAUCGUUAUGAUGCAAUGAAAGAUGGAUGGGCUCGGGCUUACAUUGGAGAUGAUUGCUUCAAAUCACCUUUUAAGGAUUUCUAUAACGAAGAAGCAUCUUUUAAAGCCAAUUCUUUGGAAAUGAUGUUUACUAAUAUGCCAAAAAAGUGGACUCAAAUAUGGGUUGCUGGGGAAAAAAUAGAUUUAUCAGAAGAUUUUAAUAAAGCUCAUAUAAAGGUAGAAGCAACAAAGCGAAAGUUUAAUAUGUAUUUGCCAAAAAAUAUUAGACUAAAUCUGGAUCAAUUGUGA